AUUGGCUUCACCAGUGGAGAUAAGGGGUACGGACAUCGUCACAGAUUCUUGACUCGCCCAUCUUGUGGGCGAGUCGGGCGAGGAGCCUCUCGAGCUUAUGGGGGUGCUCUCUACAGAGUCUGGAAUGAAGCUAUCCGAAGUCCUCGAAAAACUUGAAACUCUGUUCAAAUAUUCCGGUAUGGAGGAGAACGAAGUUCGAGUAGAGACUGAAUUGAUAUCCGAGAUUGAACCAUACGAACUUCGCUCAGAUCGUGGAUUGGAAUCAGUCGCCGAGGCAUAUGAAUUCCGUGAGGAGGGAGGAAAGGUAUCUGCAGCAGUGUCUAACUUGGGUAAACAGGUAAUAAGAGAAGUUAAUCCGCAAUUCUCCCAGUCAGUAAGUAUUUCGACGUUCUGGGAUUUCGCCAGAAUCCAACGUUGCCAGGGGCACCAUCCUACCCCGUCUCCGCAGUUGAAACUCGCCUGUUCACUUGAAUGGUACGAUGCGGCACUAGCGAAUCUCUCGAUGAUCUUCGAAAGCUUCUUCACUCCCAGACAGGAACCACCGGCUGCAUUAACCGCAUUGGUGCGUAUCGGACCACCUGGCGAAUAUGCAUGAACGCCAUGGUCAGAGGUCAACACGUACUCAAUUAUUCAGCGUUUCGGAACACAUUCGACUCUAUUGGCUAUCGGGUAAAAGGUGUUUGAGGCUCGUAUGAGAUAUUCGACAUCGAAU